AUGAUCGAUGAUCCCACUGGCAGAUGGUCAACCAACAAAGUAGCACUGUGGUCCCUGGGACGAUACGCGACUCGGCGCGUGACCUCGGUAACUCCUGCCUUCUCGAGGUUCUCGACAUCCAUAUCUUCCCAUACCAGUGCCUCCAACUACCUCCGCGGCUGGCGUCGCGUCGAUUCUUUCUCGUUGAUCAUUCAUUUCGGAAGCCCUCGUGCCCUCCUCGAAGGCCUCCGAAGACCUUCGAAUUUGCACAAGGUCCUCGACAUCUCAGACAUGUCAGACAAGGCAUGCGGCUGGACAGAAGCUGCUUCGAGGACUGUUUGUGCUUCUUCAACAGGCAACAUGUACUUCCAGAAAACCUCGGUAGACGGAACUGCGCUAGGUACCUUGUAG